CGGUGCCGCUGCUAUCUCUGUAGACUGUUCUUUGUCGCAUAUCAGUUGUUCAAAGAGAAUUACUUUAGACUUGUCGCGGAUCGGUUGAUAGUGGAUUCCUUUCGAGUUCUUCUCUUGAUGGUAGACUUCUUUCUGAGUCGCAUCUCAUCUUCGCUGCAAGAAAGCUGAGAAAACAAUAAUGCAUGCUCUUAAGGAUUGUGAGACCGGCUGCGCAUAAAAGGAGUGUGUUCUUUUCCAUGGGAUUAAGGCUAUGGUACAAAAGGGUGCUAGUUUCCUCAAAUGACUGGCAGAGCGGGAGUCAACUCUGUCUCAUCCUCAUCCCCCUGGUAAAGGCGAUCUACGCUCUCCUAAUGGAAGGUACGAACGGCAGAAGAAGGACAAAGAGAAUCCCCAGACGAGAUGCGAGAAAGAGUGAAGUCGGAUUAGCUCGAAGGCUAGGCUCCGUGGUAAGGACCGAAGGGAUGAAAGGUUCGAUGCCUAUCCUCUUUUAAGGUAUUGAGUUCCUAUAUACCUAAGGUUUAUGCCUGGAAGACUUCUUUCAGUCCAACUUUCUUAGUCGUGGAAGGGGAAAGAAGCUUUUUCCUUGAGUUUGCCUCCUCAAAAGCCUAUUUCCAAGCCUGUGGAUUAGCUGCCCCUGCAUUCCAUUCCUUCUGCGGGUCUGUCUGUUGAGUAGGCCAAAGCCAGGGUAAGAAGCACCAUUCGCCAUAACAUAGACCUGAAGCCAAGCCAAUAUGCCUUGACCCGCCCGAGGAGAAUCCGAGUGAAAGGUGCAAGCAGCAACUACUACCAAAGACUCAUGAAAGCACCUCCGGUCGAGUUUUCCAGGUCUAAUGCACUAAAGGAACUGUCUGCUG